AGCCAAGUUUUCCCUUUUAAAUCCUAAAGCCUUCUCAACAAAAUCAACAAUUAACAGUUCACUACUUCGUCUUCCUCUCACUCUCUUCUUCGCUUUCUCUUAAAUAAUACGAAAGCUAAGAGAAAAAGCUCUAAAUUUCAAUGGCGACCGAAGAAAUUAGUCGAACUCAAGGCCUCAAUCCUUCUCAACAAUCUUCUUCACUUCCAGACUACCCUCAGAUGAUUUUGGAAGCCAUAGAGGCAUUGAAUGAGAAAGAGGGUUCCAGUAUGUCAUCCAUCGCCAAGCACAUCGACUCCACUCACUCCGAUCUCCCAGCGUCUCACUCCACUCUCCUCUCCCACCACCUCAACCAGAUGAAACAAAUGGGUCAAAUUGUUAUGUUGAACAACAAUUACUCGAAACCCGACCCCAAUGCCCCACCCAAGCGUGGACGUGGACGUCCACCUAAACCCAAGGUUCCUCUUCCACCUGGCGUCGUCGUCUCUCCUCCCAGACCUCGUGGUCGUCCGCCUAAGCCGAAGGACUUAUUGGCUCCCCCCAAGACCAAAUCCGUCAGCACCGGAAGGCCGCGUGGGCGCCCCCCUAAGAAGGCUAAGACUGGUACCAACACUGCUCCUCCACCUCCUCCCGGCGUGAAGCGAGGCCGCGGUCGACCUCCCAAAGUGUUACCGUCGGUUGGUUUUCAGUAAAGCAGCCAACUUAAAUGAAAGAGAAUGGAGAAAAUGGCUCAUACCGUCAUUGCUCCACCUCCCGCUUUAGGUUUAAUAUUUUUUUAACCUUAAUUUUUUAGGUGUGGUUUAGUUAUCAGCUAAUUGACGUUUUAGCUGUGUUUUUUUUUUCCUUUGAAUUUGUAGUUAACUUGGGGUGGGGGUACUGUAAUGAUUUUACUGUAGGGCUUAGACUUUACUUUAGUUCGACUCUUUGUAAUUUCCAUGUAAUUGUUAAGACCCUUUUCUUUA